AUGAGAUCAGUCAACGACCAUAGGAUUCCAGAGGUCUUCCAGCAGCCCACACAGCCAGAGGUCUUCCAGCAGCCCACACAGCCAGAGGUCUUCCAACAGCCCACACAGCCAGAGGUCUUCCAACAGCCCACACAGCCAGAGGUCUUCCAGCAGCCCACACAGCCAGAGGUCUUCCAGCAGCCCACACAGCCAGAGGUCUUCCAGCAGCCCACACAGCCAGAGGUCUUCCAACAGCCCACACAGCCAGAGGUCUUCCAGCAGCCCACACAGCCAGAGGUCUUCCAGCAGCCCACACAGCCAGAGGUCUUCCAGCAGCCCACACAGCCAGAGGUCUUCCAGCAGCCCACACAGCCAGAGGUCUUCCAACAGCUCACACAGCCAGAGGUCUUCCAACACCCCACACAGUCAGAGGUCUUCCAGCAGCCCACACAGCCAGAGGUCUUCCAACAGCCCACACAGCCAGAGGUCUUCCAACAGCCCACUCAGCCAGAGGUCUUCCAACAGCCCACACAGCCAGAGGUCUUCCAACAGCUCACACAGCCAGAGGUCUUCCAACACCCCACAUAG